CUCCAAUUAAGCAACCUCGGCUCACAUUCACCACCAGCAGCAUCCAAGAAACAGAGAAGAACAGAAGAGAGCAGAACAGAGCAAAGGGAAUGGAAUGGAUCAUUAAGAGAGAGAUGAUGAUGAGUGAGCAGUGAGCAGCUGCCGACGGAAAGAAGCCAUCAUUAGGCACCAAAUGCAGCAUGCACAUGCUUAGCAGCAUCAGCUGCUGCCGGCCAGGGGAGACAAGAAAACAGAGGAGAAGAAGAAGAAGAAGAGGAAAGCCAUCGUCAUCAUCGUGUCGUGAUUAGAAUCCGGCCAUGUCGACAGCAGAAGCAGCCGUGUGGAGGGGCCAUGGCAGCAGCAACAUCACGCGGCAAAUCCUCAAGUGCACGAGGUGGCAGCUGGAGGAGACCACGGACUUCAUCACAUGCCCCUACCACUACUACUGCGACAGCGCCUACCCCGGCGACUACUCCCCCGCCGUCGGCGCGCUCGUCGCCGCCUUCGCCGCGUACUGCCUCGUUUCCGCCGCCGCAUUCGCCGUACUGGACAUCGGCAGGGCCGGCGGCGGCGGCGGGAGGAAUAGGCGGAAGUACAUGGUGCCGUCGGGCCCAUUCUUGCUGCCGGUGGUGCUCCUGGCGCUCGCCAAGGGGCAGCGGAUCAACGCCGUGUUCCCGCUCGCGCAGCUCGGCCCGGCAUUGCUGCUGACGCUGCAGGCGUCGGCGCUGGCUUUCCGGAACGAGGCCGACGGCGACCUCCGGUACGCGGUGCUGGAGGCGUCCACCGUGUCCGGGAUCCUUCACGCCAGCCUCUACCUCGACGCCGUCGUUCUGCCGUACUACACCGGCACCGACGCGCUCCGGUGGUCGCGGUUCUCCGGCGAGUGCGCCACAUGCCUCUGCCGGAUGGACCCGCUCGUCGUCGGCGGCCGGACGGUGCUCUACCGGGGCCUGUCCAAGACGGCUCUCGCCAUCAUCUUCGCGCUCUGCUCCCGGAUGGUGUGCCGGAUCUACGGCGAGGAGCGGGUCAGCGCGUGGACGCGGUCGGCGCUGGAGGCCGCGAGCUGGGUGUUCGUCGCCGGCGACGCCGUGUACCUCGCCGGGUGGGCGUUCGCGGAGGGCGCCGCGGCGAGCGUCGCGGCGUACGCUCUCGUGGCCGGCCUGGUGUUCCUGUGCAUUUUUGGUAAGGUGUACAAGUUCUUGGCUUGGAUGGAGACGAGGCAGGUGCAGUGGAAACCAAGCGUCAGCUGCCACAGUAAUGUGGUUUGAUCAUUAAUUUCUUUUCUUUUUUCGUUUUUUGGAUCGAGUUGUUUCUUUCUUUGAUUCACAGGAAAUUGUAAAGCAUAAAUGCAUAAUAACCCAUUAAUUCAGGUUUUGUGUGUAUAACAAGGAAAAGAGAUUUAACACUGCAUAUAUGCUGUGGAGAUUUGCAUUUCUAACGUAUUCCGCAAAACUCUGGAGAUUUUUUA